AUGGUCAUACUCAAGACGGCGUAUAAAAAUUUAAUAUUUAUUGAGUGUUUGUUGUUAUAUAUAGCUGAAGGUCCAUCUGGAGGAGUUGGGCAAGCUGGCACAAGCACAAGUUUUGAUGCUGGUGAGCAAAGUAUCAAAUCUUAUUACUUCUGUCAAACUGAGUAACCUGCAAAAGUCACACUAGGUUCACUGUUUAUUUUAUUCAUUAAGGUUCUGAGCAGAAAGUAGAGAGUGUUAUUUCUGAUGUUCAUGGAACAUCAGCUGGUGCAAGCUGCCUUGAUCAUGGUACAUUGUUGAGUUAAACAUUAUGGGGAAGAGAAGUAAUGAUGUCACAAAUUAAAUCUGUGAAAUUAUGGGAUUGGUUGGCAUAUUCAGAAGGAAAAAGAUGAAAAAAGACCCCUUGCCAAAAACAUUAACAUUAUAGAGGAGAGAAGUGAUGAUGUCACAAAAACUAAAUUUGUGAAAUUUUGGGAUUGGUUAGUAUAUCAAGAACAAGAUGAAAAAUGUCCACUUUCUAAAAAUCAGCCUGUAGGUGCAAAUUGUUGAGAAGAUGAAAGCAAUGUUAUGCCCUGAAUACUCAAUAAUAUGAUAUUAAAUCCUUCUAAAGCAGGUCUGGAUUGUCAAUGAAGUGCUGGCCAGGAUCCAGACUUCGGGAUAAGCGGGAGUGGAACGGGGUUGUUCAUCCAGACCCUGAGAUAAUAAGGGGGGCCUGGUCUCAAAAAGCUUUUUUUGUGGUCCUUCAGGCCUCAGUUUGCUCUAAAACAAAGGGGGCCCCAGGCCCUCAACACCCCUCCACUGGAUCCGCCACUGCUAUAUAGGUGUUGCUAGAAUGUAGCUUGGUAUGUGACUACAUAGUAGAAGUUUAUCUCUGAGGGAGUUGCGACACUCUAUGUUACGUGUAUGUAUGUAAAAAUAGUGAUAGCAUGGUUUUUCCACCUUAGUACAUUGCACUGAAAAGUUAUUAACGAUUUUCAGUUUUAAAAGCCUGAUAAGUCCCCACCCAAAUGCAGAGGCGUGGCCAAUGUACACUUGAUUUAAUUUGUGCCACUCAACUGAGAAACUAUGCGCUCACAUUGUAUGUAAUGCUAGGACUGGAAAGUAUUGGGGCAAGGACAUAAUACAUGUAAUGUAAUAUUUUUCAUCAGUGUGUACAUGUAGCAUAUUAAAUGAGUUUGUUAAUCCAUUCACUCUAAGAAAGUGUGCAGCCUGAAAAACGUUCUUUGAAGCUAGUCAUGCCGUUUUCUGGCUGAAACUGCUCAAAAGACAGUUUUUAAAUCAAGCACCAUGCUUGCAGCCUUUAUCAGCUUCCUUUGCUCAUGACAAUUAAGCUUUGAAGUGCAAAAUAUCGUUAUGCAAAUUAGCUGGCUGUACAUUCAAUGUGCAGGCAGCUAUUUUGCAAAGUCAUUCAAAGCCAAUAGGUUCAAGGGGAAAGUUUUUAUGAAAAUUUUCAGGAUCAUUAGAUAGAAUAAAGUUCAGGUGGAAAGUGGAACAAGAUUUUUCUGUUUCUUGCUAAUCCGAUCCUCCGUUUAAUUAUUUUUAAGGUGCAUCUAAUGUUGUGCAAGGUGCAAGCAAUUAUCAUGGUGCUGGGGGUGAAGUUUCAGGUUCAGUUGGGGGGGUCUCUCAUGAUCAAGGUUCAGUACCAUCAUGAUAAUGUGUUUAUUAAGAAGUAAAGGUGUAAUUAAUAAAUAAAAAAUAUCAUUUUAGUGGUAACAUUAAUGCUGGAAUGCCCAGGCUUUCAUCUACCACAAUUCCAGCAUGAGAUCGUAAUAUUAAUAACAGAAAUGUUGGUUGCUCAAUGCUGUAUUGAUGAAGAGAGGCAAAAACCAGAGUACCUUCACAAAAACUGUUGGAACGAAAAAGUGAACCAGUAACAAGUUGGUUUCUCCAGCGACUGCACCACCCUUGUUCUCAAAAUAUAAUAGCAAAACAGUUAUGUUAUUUUUCACUCAGCAAGCAUGUUAAUGUUAAAACUCUUCCGUACCAACAUAAAUUAGUUAUGCAGCUUUGGACUGAAAUGUAUACUUAAAAUAUUUAAAUAGUUAUCUUUAUAUCUACAUGUUGGAAUGCUGGUUGAUAUGUUCUCUCAUUUUUCAGGUGCAUUUAAUGCUGUGCAAGGUGCUGAUUCUGGUGCUGGGGGUGAGGUUUCAAAUCCAAGCAAUGAAGUUCAUUAUGACCAAGGUACUUUACAGAAAUGUUAUUUGUUACUGAAAAUGUUUACUGAAAAAUUGGUUAAUAUGUCUUUGAAAUUUAGCAUCUCCUUCAGGUGCAGUUAUGUGACACUAAUCUAUAAACUUAAAAACGUCAAUGGUGCAAUCUCAAUUGUUGCAUGUUUGUGAGUGAUAUUUUUUUCAUUCUCAACGUGCCUCAGCUAGUGCUGUGUACAAGGGAAGUAAAGAUAGUGGUGCCAUAGGGAGUGGAGUGUCAGAUUCAGGAAAAGAAGUUCCCCAUGAUAAAGGUACAAAAACAAUAUCUUUUUUACCCAUAUGGUUUCUCAUCAGGACUUAAAGAGUGAGAGAAAUAUAUAUAAAUAAAUGAUAUUGCUAUAUGACUUUAAGAAGCUACUUUGUAUUUUGUGUACAUAUUUAAUGAAAGAAAGUAGAUAAAAUAAUAUGUAUAAUUAUCAUGUAUUCCUGCUUUCCAUGAGAGCCGUGCCUGUAACUAAGCAAAAACUUAACUACAGGGUGUCCCAAAAGUUCGUUCCUCUAAUUUCAUGCACUGUAACUUUUGAUUAAAACUUUAUUUUUACAUGAAAUUUCUACAAGAUGUUUAUUUCUCUAUCGAGUACUUAUGUUCAGAAUUUCAGUAACUGGCAUGCCCUUUUUGUUUUUUUAAUCACAUUCUGUAGCCAUUGCGGCUUGAAGUGGGAUACACAGUAGAGUGAAGACUUUGAAACCCUGAUUGACUACAAGAUAGCAAAUUGUCAAAUACUGAUACCAUUUCUGGAAGAAAUCGUAAUUUGGAAUGUUAGUGUUUGAGGAGAGGGGGAAACUGGUGUACCUAGAGAAAACCUUUCAGAACAAGGGUGAGAACCAAAAGCAAACUCGAUCUUCAGUCAUGUAUGCCAGCACUUUUGGGACACAAACCUGGGGCACGCUGGUGGGAGGCAAGUGCUCUCACCACUAUGCCACUCUUGUUUCCAUGGCAUGUGGCCAGAGGUGUGGCCAAAUUUGUAGACCUUGGUGUAGCCUACCUGCAAAAAAAUUGAAGGAAGGAUAUGAAGUAACUCUCCAAAUCUUAUUAUUAUUAUUGUUAUUAUUAUUAUUAUUAUUAUUAUUAUUAUUAUUAGAUUUUAAUCCACAGUUGGAAUUAGUGUCAACUGGAUGUUUUUUAUUGAAAUGAAUUUUUUUUUUCAAAUGAUCAGGAGCCUAUGAAAUGAAAUGACUAGUAAAUAGUGCUUUGACCGAAUAUAUGUUUUAGUAUAUACACUCUCAGUGAUCUUGGUAAUUCAAGCAAUCUGAUUGGUUAGCUAUGUCGGACUAUGACGUUAUAUUCACCGCGCUGGGCGGUGAAUAUAAAGCAGAACAAAAUCGCUGUCGUGAACUGAUUGUUUUGCCAAAGUUUCAUAGUAAAGCCGUUUUUAAAAGACACGAAUAUCCAAGUGCUGAUGACUUUGAAGGCAAGAAAAGACUUCAUGGUGUUUAAACAGCGUGAUUUAUUGUGAAGUGGUUUACUGUAGCUGACUUUUUGUACGCUUGAAGCUAUGUUUACCACUACAGAGGAAAACGAGGUCGCUUUGUCACUGUUUUGUGAUUUCGGGAUUUUCUCACAAGACCAAUUUUGCCUAUAAAUAGAAGUUAAUUUAUGGAGAAAAGAGGAAAGCAAAUAUUUUCGACAAUUGUACGUGCCAGCAAGUUAACAAGGCAAAGAACAUUGGAGAUAAACAACGCUCACCUUGAUCGUAGCCGCUGUUGACAGCAUUUGCAAGAAGCGACAAAGAAAACUUUCUCAUUCACGGUGAGUUGACAGUAACAAAUAUAGCUCCACUUUUCUUCUCAGAAUUGAGCAGUAAAUUAAAUUUUCGGCGUUUUCUUUUAAACCGUUGAUGUUAAAGCUUACAAAACUCGAUACAAAAAGAUUAAAACUAUCAUUUGCCUUGUCUGAAGAUGCUGUAAAGAUCUAACUUUUGCGCAUCCACUGUUUACGGCUUCGUGUCCACGCAUGAAUUCACCCGUCAAUCAAACUAAUCGUUUUUCAAUGGUUUCCUUUUUGAUUUCGUUGUGAUCACUUCGUGUGAAUAUACUAAAACAAUUAUUCUCCUCAGGCUCAGUUAAUAUUGUUGAAUAAUCCCCUCGACUUCGUCUCGGGGAUUAUUCAACAAUAUUAACUUCGCCUUCGGCGAAUAAUUGUUAAAUAUAUUUUUAGUUUUAAAACAAAGAACAAUCGAAAUUAAUUGUUUUUUUUAAUUGAAAUGAAUCUUUUUAAAUGAGGUGUUUUUAAUCGAAUGAAGUGUAAAUAGUGUUUUGAGUGAACAGUUUUUAAAACGAAAUUAAGUGUAGACAGGUUUUAAUAGUUAGCGUCGUUAUCAAUAAAGGUUAUUUAUAUUUAUUAUUAUUAUUAUUAUCUCGCAGUAUAAAACUUUAGAAUGCUGUCCACAUUAUGAGUAGUAUAGGGCGCAUAACGUAACCUACACCACUUGAGAAGCUAUACUUAGAAGUAAAAAAAGGUCGGUACGAAACCUAAUACAAUCCUAAUAUACAUAAUGAUAUGAAUCUCUCUACUUAAAAAGCCAAUUUAGAAUAUUAUUAAAUUCUUACACUCUGUAAAACCUACGCAAAGACAUGAUGAUAUAAUUAUCUCUACUAGAAGCCUAUUUAGAAAAUUAUUCAGUUUUUAUACUCUCAUUAUCUCUUAUAUACCCAAACGAGGCCAUCAUAAUGUGGUUAUCUCUACUAAAAGCCUAUUUAGAAUAAUAUCAAACUCUAAUACUCUAUAAAAUCUAAGUAAAAACAUCAGUAAACUUGUGUUUUCUGGAUUUCUAGAGAAAAAAAACCUAAAAUCUGGUGUCCUUAGCGCCCUAGCUAAGUAUUUAUCUUAAAUGUUCUACCAAUGUUCAAAGUGUUUGAGAUGAACGACUUCUGCAUCCGCUCAAGUACGCUCCGUGCUCUCGCUCCUAGUAGCUUCCUCACCGACUUCUCUAGGUGUUUAGAGUAACCACCCAGUACGUCAAUUAUUACGUUGUACUGUUCAACCCUGUAACCAAUGUACCUCUGCUUCAGCUCCCACAUCAUGGGCCCAUACUUGAGUGUCUUUUCCUCAUCUUUCUUAGCUCUACUCUCAAUCCAUGGGCAGCUCAUUUCAAUAAUUGAAAUGAGCUAUUAUUGUGCAAACUUCUUUCCUCUCGUGGCUGACAAGUCGCUUGUCGAUCCGAUUUGCUCUAACUUCGUUGUGCUCUGCAUAGAUGGAAAUAUCCCAAAACGCCUCACUCGUGGUGUUCUGGUAGGCUGGUUCUGGCGUCACCGGUGAGUACCAUGGAGGAACCUCUUCUAUUAACCCAUACUCUCGCAGGAGCUCAAAAAACAGAAUCUUCAAAGCUGCAUUAUGCCUGUAUAGUUACUUGGUUUGUGCCAGGGAGGAACAUCCAGCCAAUACAUGUGCAACGCUUUCAGCUAUCUUCCCACAUAACCUGCAUAGGACUUCGCCGUCGGUGGAGGUUUGCGUCUUCUCCUUUGAGUAGAGCUUCGUUGGUAACAACUGCUCAUACAGUUUAUACAUGCCCGCGAUGGUAUGUGUAGGGCAUGAAGCCCAACCUUUUAACCAUGCAAAGCAGCUGGUUAUGCUUAGGCUCUCAUCUUCCCAUCUGAUACGGAAUAUCUUUCCUUGCCACCUUUUGUCUUUAGCGAUCUCCCAGAACUGCUUCUCUUGAGAUUGCUUCAACAGGUUCCCAGCUCUUGCUGCAGUCACCACCUUUCCUUCUGUUGUAACACACACGGGAUUUAGGGAGUCAGGCUGAAGUGUGAUGUUGAGUUCUUCAGCGUACUUAACUGCUUCCUUUACAAACGACUGGUGGCCUGAUGCCAUGGCGUGUUCUUCAAAUUCUCUAACUGCUUUCACGGUCAGGUCCGAAUUCUGAUACAAUUUCAGUAGCGAUUUGAUUUUAGUGAUCUUGUACUCGUGUUCUACUGAUCGCAGGCCUCUACCCCCUUUCUCCUUCGGUAGAUAUAACAAAGAAGUUAGGCUAGCUGGGUGCUUGCCACCGUUCUCAACGAUGAUCUUCCGAGCUGCUCUGUCCACAUCUCUUAACUCUGAUAGAGGCCAAUGCUGCGUGUUCACAUUAAGUACCGCAGGACCAGGAGUGCAUACUGAUUAGUUGCCUGUACACGGUUUUAUAAUUAAUUUUAUAAUUAUUAUUAUUAUUAUUGUUGUUGUUGUUAUUUUUCCACAAAAUUCCAUAAGGGGAUUUCAUUGAUGACUGCCGCUUAAACGCUAGCCUAGCGUCUGUUUUAGAAAGUGAUAAUGGCGUGAGCUUGUAAAUUAGUAAUUUUAAGAUCUUUUUAAUAAUUUUAGUCUAUGUUAGUGGAAUGUAAAUUGGUCAUAUAAUGCCUGCCGCUUAAACGCUAGCCAAGCGUGUGUCCGUUAAUUUUAGAAAGUCGAUAAUGGCGUGAGCUUGUACAUUAGUAUUUUAGGAUCUUUUAACAUUUUUAUUUCAUCAAAAUUUAAGUCUAUGAUAGUGGAAUGUAAUUUGGUCAUAUGUUAAUAAAGAUUUUAUUUAAUAAUAAAAUUAUUAUUAUUAUUAAAAUUAUUAUUAUUACUUUUAUCUCAGUUUCGUAGUCAUCAGCUCAUUCAUGUUUUUCUUUCCAUAAUCAGAAUUUACUAACGUGAAAACAUCUACCUUGGAAGACUUGCGUAGCAAGCUUGCUGAUCUCUACAAACGCACAGCCAAGGUACCCACGUCGGUUUGGUCUUCGGUCUGUCAGGUGGAACUUGACCAGAUCUACACUCGACUGUCAUUGGUGAAAAAAGAAAAAAUUCCAACUGGGACAUUGCAGUUAAACCUGACAGAUUAUAGUGAGCUAUUCACAUCAAACAAGAAAGGUAUUGUGCCUAAGAGAAUUCUUGUGCAAGGGGAAACGGGAAUUGGAAAGAGCACAUUUGUUAAAAAGGUAGCGUUGGAUUGGGCUAAACUCGUUGACGAUAAGGACGUUGUAAACGAAGAAAUGGCUGCUUCAAGCAAUUGCCAAGGGGGUAAGAAGCCAUCACGUAAAGAUCACGUGGGCGUUAGCCAGGCCGAGAGCAGCGAAGCAAGAAAACAUGAUGACAGCAGUGAGUGUCAUAUUGAUGCGCUAAAGAAGUUCCAACUUGUUAUUACUGUUCCUUUGAAAUAUGUGUCUAAAUGCCAGAGUUUCAGCGACGUGUUAAGCUGUUCUCGUCUUAUUCCAAAAGACGAAGAAUCUUUAAUAGAUGAUUUGUUUACGUACGUUUGUAACAACCAAGAGAAAAUUCUUCUGGUGUUUGAUGGCUACGACGAGUAUCGCACUGGAAGCGUAGCAGAAGCCCAGUUUGGAACAAGAAGCACUUCUCCUAUUUGUGAGAUUUUCCACCGAAAUGAGCUUAGAGACUGUACUGUCUUAGUAACCACGAGAUCUUCGAGAGCUGAUGAACUGCAAGAAUCUGCCGACAAACACGCUAAGAUCACAGGAUUUUAUUUAGAAGAUCAAUUUGCUUUUAUGAAGAGGAUGCUAGGUAGCAACAGCCAGGUAUAUGAGCUAAAAAUGUUCCUGUUGAAAAAGAGGCUGUUUUACCUUGCAAGAGUACCACUUCUGAAUCUCUUUUUCUGCUUGUUGUUCAGGCAAGAUAAGGAGAAAAUGAUGGAACUUGGCAAGAGAAAAACUCCAUUUUAUCGAGCUAUUAUUCGAUACAUCUUGCAGUACAGCAACAAGAGACUUUCCCCUGCUAAAGUCUACAAAGUAAAAGAGGAAGAUUAUCAAGAAAUCCUUACUGAAAUAGGAAAGGUGGCGUUGGAAAGUCUUUUGAAGGGUAGUCAGGUGUUUGAAUAUGGUCAGCUGUCUGAGAAAGUACGUGGUGAAGAAAGUGUUAUGGUGGGCCUCUUACAAUUAUCUGAGAACGAAGCAAGUUUGGAACCAACGGAGAUAGUGUCCUUUAUACACAAAUCAAUUCAAGAGUAUUUAGCAGCCUGGUUUAUCGCUAACAGAUGUGUUCCCGAGGGUAAUCUUGGUGGAAUUGAAAAGCGUGCUGCCACUUUGGAGGAUUGUAAGGCAAUUGCAAAUAUUUUGCAGUUCGUGUGCGGUUUGUCCACGGAAGGAGCUGUAAAGGUGCUAACGCAUUUAUCUACUAUCCGCGCCAAUGACUCCUCAGUAGAUUUUUCAAAGUUAAUGCCAGUUGAUGAAACCGAAACAGACCUGCCCUGGGCUGACUUUACCCCGCGGCAUCGCCAGUUCAAUGACCUGGUCCGAGAUUGUUUUCAAGAAGUUUCAUUGGCUCCCGAUCUUAUAGAGCAUGUCUUUGGUUGCACCGGUGGAAUCAUCGUCCAAGAGACGCCAGUUGAUCGCGGUCUAGUGCUAAAGCCAGAAGUUUUAACUCAGCAAGCAACACAUUCGUGGGCUUUCUAUUUUAUUAACCGUAUUCCCGAGAGACAGCAUUUGCGUUGGCCAUUCUCCACCGUCAACUCAGUAGAGAACCUCUAUCAAUCAGUUCAAUUUCUGGAUCUCUUGCAUAUCCCCCUUAGAAUGGUUAGGAAUUCGAAAGAGCUAAAACUAGGAGACUUUUUAACAAAGUUUCGCCUUUGUUCUUGUACGUUUUGCACUUUCGCUUCCGUGCUUUGUUGCGCUGAUGGCAAAAUGAUGGUGUACAUCACAGACUUGAACCUUAUGUGUGAUAAACAUACCAGUAUGUUUACUGAAGCUGCGGCUGUCGUUUCUGAUCAAUCUGUUUCUGCAAAAAUGUGUUCAAGCCAACCAUGUUUAAAAUUCUUAACAUCCUUAAGCUGCAUUUUCCAUGGAAACCGAGAAUUGCUGAGAGAACUUGUUGUCAUGGUUAGAAACUGUGAACAUUUGCAAGGAAUUAGGUAUGGCGGAGACGGUGACUACGUAGUUGAUUUUCUCGAGGAAUUAGCAUUUCCCGGGAAAUUGUUUUUGACCAUUAUUGUUAAAGAGGAGGAAUCAAUUUGGAGUGUUGUGGAAGAUUUUCCAUGUUUUCCCUAUACAGCACCAAGACGUGAAGAAAGUUUAUGUCUUAUUGCGAACUUGCUUUGCCUCUAUUCAUUUGAAACAGCAAUGGCAUUCGUAGGCAGUAUCUCGCCUGAGAGUUUGGGAGAAGUUUCACUUAGAAAUAUCAACCUCACCACCUCCGCAGCUGCGACUCUCGGUAAAUCACUUUCUAAAAUGACU